AUGCCAGGCACAAAAUGGUUUCAACACGCGAUUGAGACCCCAGAGCCUGGCAAGUGGGAGAGGUCUGGGUAUGAGGCAGCCCUGCCAAUCACAGAGGAGUCAAACGCACUGUCCCAGGACCUCGACAAAGCAGAUGCCGAGGAAAUUGUUCCAUUGCUGGGACAAUGUGAUGCUGAGAUCUUCCAGGAGGAGGGGCAAGUCAUGCCCACAUACCAGAGACUGUAUCGUGAGUCAGUUCUGACCACCAUGGUCCAAGUGGCUGGCAAAGUGCAGGAAGUGCUGAAGGAACCUGAGGGGGAGCUGGUGGUGCUGAGUGGAGGGGGCAGCUCUGGCAGGAUGGCGUUUCUCAUGUCUGUCUCCUUCAACCAGCUUUGUAAGGUCUAGGACAGAAACCUCUACACCUACCUCAUUGCAAGCAGUGACAGGUCUGUGGUGGCAUCUAGGGAGGGGACAGAAGAUAGUGCCCUGCACGGGAUUGAAGAACUGAAGAAGGUGGUCGCUGGGAAGAAGAGGGUGAUUGUCAUUGGCAUUUCGGUGGGACUCUCUGCUCACUUUGUGGCAGGCCAGGUGGACUCCGGCAUGGACAGCCCAGGCACCUUCUUACCAGUUCUGGUUGGUUUCAGCCCCGUGAACAUGGCCAGACCACCCCUGGAGAUGCUGGUGCCCGGCCAGGGACCAGCAGAACUUAGUUGUCAGGGAAUUGUGCCUUCCCCUGGGCAGGGCUGGGUACCCAUGCUGUCUAGAGGGGGCCCUGGGCCCGCCCCUGGAGCUGGUGGCCUUUCUCCCAAGUGCCUUCUGGAAAUCCUGCGGACAUUAGAGCGGGCUCAUCAGGUGACCUAGAGUCAAAGCCCGAAGAUCGCUGCCCUGACGAUGCAAGCCAGCAUCAGCCUGGAGGAAAAAGGCCGUGUGUACCUGGUUGGCUGGCAGACCCUGGGCAUCAUGGCUAUCAUGGAUGGAGUGGAGUGUAUCCACAGCUUUGGUGCCGACUACCGAGAUAUCCGCGGCUUUCUCACUGGUGAUCAGAGUGACAUGUUUAACCAGAGGACUGAGCUCCUCCACCAGGGUCCCCAGUUCUCCUUCUCCCAAGAGGACUUCCUGACGUGCAUCUUGCCAUCCCUCACAGAAAUCGACACCGUGGUCUUCAUUUUCACCCUGGAUGACAACCUCACGGAGGUGCAGGCGCUCCUGGAGCAGGUGAAGGAGAAGACGGCCCACAUCCAGGCCCUGGCGCAUAGCACCGUGGGGCAGACCCUGCCGGUGAGGGAAGCUCUUCCCUCCAUCAUCCGCAUCACGUGGCCACUGCUUUUCUUCGAAUACGAAGGGAACUUCUUCCAGGUUCAUUGUUGA